AUGUCAUUUCAGGACCUGACGUUCCAAGAAGUUUUGGACGAUCUGCAAAGCCGUUUCAUCAUUAACAUUCCAGAAGAAGAACUAGCGUCGGUUGAAAGAAUAUGUUUUCAAAUAGAGCAAGCUCAUUGGUUUUACGAGGACUUCGUUCGCGAAGAGAACCCGCGACUGCCUUCAUUUUCCUUAAAAAACUUUUGCGCCCAGUUUUUUCGGCACUGUCCACUCCUCCAUCGAUGGGCUCACGAUCACGAGAAAGCCUUUCAAAACUUUAUGGAGUACAAAGUCCGUGUGCCAGUAUGUGGAGCAAUCAUCCUCAACGAGCGUUUGGAUAAGGUUUUGUUGGUGAAAGGCUGGAAAUCAAGUUCAGGUUGGGGUUUUCCGAAAGGAAAAAUAAAUAAGGAUGAGCCAGAAGCUCCAUGUGCUAUUCGUGAGGUCAAAGAAGAGACAGGAUUCGACAUAACUCCAUAUUUACGCGUUAAUGAGUAUGUAGAGAGGACGAUCAAGGGACAAAGAAUACGAUUAUACAUUUUGACCGGUGUUCCUGAGGCAACCACAUUCAUUCCACAAACUCGAAAGGAGAUCGGGGAUAUCAGGUGGCACAAACUUAAUGAUCUGCCGGGAUGGAACAAAGAUGAGAACGUACCAGUCUCCAAAGGGGAGAGGCGUCAAAAAUACUACAUGGUCACAGCAUUCGUUAGCGGCCUUCGGCAGUGGAUGAGUAAAUAUCGAAAAGCGAAGCGCCAGGGCAAAGCGCGGAAUGGGCGUCAUCUUUCCAUAGUAAUGGGCUACAAUACUGCAACGGACAGCGAAGGGGAAGGGGCGACAUCGGACGCCGGCAUCCGAUCCGGUACAGAGUCGGGCAUCGACUCAAGGAUGCCAACAGCGUCGGUGGUUGGCAACUAUCAACUAUUACGACGGACAGAUGUGGCCAAACAAGGUGCAGCGACUCCUGUCAUGGAUGCACAAGUGGCAGCACAAUCUAUCAAGGCAUUGAUUGGGGUGGGGGCAUCUGUAAAUACUCCUGCCGUUGGAGUGCAAGUCGAUAUGCAAUCACAUGUGUCGAAGGAGAUGCCCCCGGUGGUAUUUGGCGUUUCCGUGCGGUCGACAACGCUCAAUGAACCCGUGGAGCAGCCUGUUCCUCCCUUUCAUGCACACACUCAGCAGUAUCAGUCUGCGCAAUUACCCCAUUCUAGCUCAACUACGUUGACCAUUUCUACGCCACAUAGUGCAGUCGGAGCACCGCCGUCUUUCCCUGUGGGAAUUGCUCCCAACCUCGGGAUGGUGUUUGGCCAACCUGCAGCUAGCGGGACACCCCAAUCCAUAAGACAAGAGGCCCGCGUACCUAUCCCCACUCCUACCCACCCUGAUCUUUCCCAACAUCAUCCUUAUUUACCUAAUCAGAUUCUCCUUCCCAGGAGCCGCCAUGAGAUCGCGUCCACCGUGCCUAUGCCAAUGCCUGCUGCCGUCAGCGGCCAGCAGACUCAUAAGCAGAGCUUAUUGGAUAUUUUGACAAAGGGUUCGGCCGCAUACCCGGAAGCCACCAUACCUGUCCCGAUCAAUCCACCGCCUCCCACGAUACCAUUCCAGGGUGCGGAACCCGUAGUGAUGCCGUCGAGACCGACCGUUCUACCACCAAAUUAUGAUUCUGAACCUCUACGAGAAGCAUUUUCGGGGCCACCGUCACGAGCGUCAGUAACUAGCAAUGCGGACCGUGGUCCAGCCAAGCAACGGAUGUUGCUGGAUAUAUUGAUGGGCGAGAAUCGCGGGAGCGUGACUGAACAGGGGCCAUCGAACCCAACAUUACCGAUAGCCAACACAGGGCAAGCGGAAUCGCACUUGAAGAUGAUGUUGGGAAUUGGUGGUGGAGGUGUUGGCGGUAAUCAAGCAAGCAGCGGUGCUGACAGUGCGAGCAGAUGGCCACUGAGCACACCUGGUCCACCAAAUUUCAAUGCCCCUGCAUUGGCCACAUUAGAACGCUAUCAAUCGGAGGUGUAUAGCAGCAGGCCUGAGAUACCCAGUAGUGAUAACCCAGAAAAUCAUCUCAAAGCGCUAUUAGGCUUGGGUGGGUCUGCUCUGUCUCAGCCCCAACACGACCCUUCCAACGAAUCCCAUAACAGACCAUCCACGGCGGUCAGCGACACAUCCGCUCCACUGCCUCCGCAUAAUAGCACUCCGCGCUCACCCUACCACCGCUUUUCAUUAGCGGACUUUCGUCGGAUUCAGAGUGAUGGCGCUGUUCCCACAGAAGUACAUUCUCCAUCGUUGAUGCGUGCUACCAGUGGUCCUGUUAAUGGACCUAAGAUGAAUGGAGACGGUUUCACCUCCGUUUCAGGACAAGCUGUGGAAAAGAAGACAGUCUGCACGCCAGUAAUGUGUUGGGUCGAUGACAAGCUGACAGAGAAGGAUUCACUGAGACUCUUGAGAGUCUAUCCUGCAAAUAUGGGUGAACCAUACUUUUUUUUUGAGUUCAUGCAACUUGCACGGCGAUUAAAUUGCACAGCCUCCUACUGUCCAAGUCCACUAGCCCACAGUUGCGAACAUUUGCGUUGGCGAGCAGCGACACCUGUUAUUAGCAGCCGCAUGUUCAAGGGAAUAUCGAAAGCGAGAGCUGGCGCCAAGUCACAACGUCCUUCACUACUGCCUCAACGUCAGGAAAGCAAAUCCACUGCAUACGACGGUGACGCACAAAGACUUGCUGCCGCAUUCAAAGUACCUUCACCAAAGAAGGAGGCAAAGGGCAGCAAGGACACAUGUCCGGGCGGUGCAAAAGAGUUACCUACUACGCAGCCCGCUCUGACUGUGCAGGACUCAGUGGACGAGUUUGAUGAAAACUGCCUUGAGUUUGCACUCAAUGACGACCUUCUGACCCUCCUUGAUGAUCCGAAUACUGGUCCUUCUCUAAGUGCCCCUUCGUUGUCUCACAGACCUCUCGUGCCAACUCAAACUUCAUUAUCCUCGCACCACUUGACGCCAGCAUCUUCAUCGCCGCCUGCAAAUCAACAGCAAUCCCCCUCGCACAUUCAAAGCACGCCAGCUUCGAGACCCUUGCAGCCACGAAGACCGCUGGGACGCAGAGACCCCACUGCAUUUCUUGCGGUGCCUACGCAUUCAAAUCACCUACCCAUCGAAAGCGACGUACCUCCCAAUGCUGGCGCGUUGUCACCAGACAGAACAAGCAGGUUCACGCAUGGUAGACAGUUAAAAUCAUCGUCACCUUCGUUAGCGGAACAAGCUGCAGGUGAAUCCUCAAAUAGUCUGAACAAGGCCUUCCAAGAUCAAGAAUCAACCCAGCUGACCGCAAGCUUUGGACAUCCCAAACAAUCACAUGAGCCGGCGAUCCCUUCUCCAAAGCCUCUUACCAAGCCCAUCUUUGACCUUAGGGUCAACAGGAAGAGUGCGAUCAGUACAUCUUCUGUCAGUCCUCCAAGAACAACCCCGCACCGCGAUCCUCUCAUACCUACGCAACCGUCUGAGUAUCUUCAUGCAAGAGCUGAAAGAUUGCCCUCUCAUACACCCCCACCUCUUCCCGAGCAAUUUGGUGCUGAAGUAAAUGUACAUAUGGUAGGAGCACAAUCCACACAGGAGCGUGUUCCCAAUGCCGAUAUUUCUGCCAAACCACGUCUGCCAGGCCCCGCUGGAAAGCUACCGACACUGACACAUGCAGAGAAAGCGAUGUUAUUCGGCUCGAAAUCAGCAUCUAUAUUGCUCAAAGGCGUCAAAAGAAGUAGGCCCAUGUCAGACGCGGAAGAAGCGAGCAACGGCAAAAGAUUGCCCACUGUAACGCGUACAACACUCUCCCAACAAGAUGAAGACUUUACUACUUUGGCUUGGUCAAAUAUGUUGAAUACGAUCAAAGAAUACAAUGCAUCCCUCAACGGAAUCUCAGCGUUUCUGCGCACGUCAUAUGAACACAAGAUACCGGAUCUGAUCGCCCUAAUCAAGGAACUGCGAAAGACGGACGUAGAUGGUGCAGCAAUAUUUAAAGACCCAACAGGUGAAAUGCAAGGAGCCAUUCAUCGGAAUGUAUUUGAUCACUUUGGUGAUGCAAUAUGUAAUGGAACGGUUUUGGAACUUCGAAAGAUCUCGACUUUUAAGCCGACGGGUCGAGCAAAGUAUCUCAAUGUCACUCUAGCCAAUAUUGUUUCCAUCUUUACAGCUACCGGACGACCUCCGCGAUUGAUGAAAGAUACCAAUGUGCCCAAUCUCACCGGUACCCCUUCGAGCGAUUCCCACCAGCUCGAAGUCAGCGAAGUCAAAGAAAAUCGCGACGUUGAUAAUACGCAGGCAUUCCUAGAAUCCCUUCCUGGCGAGCCAUAUGAUGUUGAUUUCGAUUCAUAG